CUCCACCACCACUCCCCUCAAUGUUCAGACUCGCUACAUUCACCAGUCGAGUCGCUCCCCGAGUCGUACCUCUCGCCUCCCCCCUCCGCCUCAUUCGCUUCUUCACAUCCAAACCAGCCUCAGACCAACCCUUUGAGGAAGAGUCGCUACCCUGGUACAACCCCAAUCAAUUCUACCCAGUCCGCAUUGGCGAGAUCCUCGACUCCAGGUAUAAAGUACUCGGGAAGCUGGGGUACGGUGCGUACUCUACCGUCUGGCUUUGUAGGGAUGUUAGAGAUGCCAGCUUCGCCGCAAUAAAAGUCUGCACUCGCAACGUAGACCAAUCCGCACGUAUCCAUCGCGAGCUAGAGUUUUACGAGCACGUCAGUUCACUCGAUUCGCAGCACCCCGGUCAACGCUUCAUUCGCGGGUUGUUGGGGACAUUUGAAAUCUCCAGCCCUACCGGUGGUCAACAUCUAUGCCUUGUUCACCCCCCAAUGCACAUGACUAUCCGAGAACUGCAGUACAUCAAUCCAUCGCAUAAACUCAACGAACCGCUUUUGAAGUGGACGCUGCAUAAGCUACUAACCGCGCUCUCCUUCCUGCACGAUGAAGCCAACGUCGUCCACACAGACAUCACUCCAUCAAAUAUAAUGAUGACCGUGGAAGACGAAUCUAUACUCGAUGACUUUGAAAAAGCCGAGAUAGAGCAACCGUCACCGACAAAGCCCAUCAACGACACCCACACCAUCUACACCUCCCGUAAACUCCGUCUACCUAAGGAUUCUCUGUGGGGACAGCCAGUCCUCUGCGACUUCGGCCAAGCGUGCAUUGGAGCAGGUCCUCACAGGGGGUUGAUCCAACCGGAGGUGUACCGCGCGCCGGAGGUGCUGUUCGACAUGGGAUGGAGUUCCAGCGCGGAUAUUUGGAAUGUCGCAGUUCUAAUUUGGGAUCUCUUCGAGAAUCGGCAUUUGUUCAACGCACGAGAUGAGGAGCAGAAGGCGUCGGCGACUCACCACGUCGCUGAGAUGGUUGCGUAUAUGGGGUUGCCGUCGCGCGAGUACGUUCGGAGAAGCGAAGUCACGCGGAAGGUCUUUGACGAUUCAGGACGGUGGAAAGGUGCAGGGGGGACGGUUGUACCGCAGCUCUCCCUCGAGGAAUCGGUAACGGGACUCGAUGGUGAGGCAAAAGAGAGGUUUUUGGGGUUUGUGAGGUCGAUGUUGGAGUGGGAGCCGGAGAAGAGGAAGUCAGCGAGUGAGCUUCUUGAGGAUCCGUGGAUGGUUGGAGCGAUACCAUGAAAGGGAUAUGG